CCCUCCAUUGACAGUUAGUUCUUUCCCUUCAUUUUCUCCCCCCGGAGCUGGGAACGAAAGGCAAAUCUUCUGCAACUCGAUUCAGUUUUUUGUUGCAGAGGAGGGAGUAGGAAGAAGAUGACGAUCACACCUAAGAUCACAAUCACUGAUGGUAACCUUAUGGUCCAAGGCAAGACUUUGCUUAAGGGUGUGCCUGACAACAUUGAGCUGACUCCCGGAUCAGGCGUGGGACUCGUUGAUGGUGCAUUCAUCGGAGCUUCGGCUUCACAUACCAAUAGCUUGCACGUUUUCCCUGUUGGUGUUCUAGAGGGCCUCCGGUUUCUGUGUUUAUUUCGAUUCAAGCUAUGGUGGAUGACACAGAGGAUGGGAACAUGUGGAAAUGAUAUUCCUCUGGAGACACAAUUCAUGCUUGUGGAGACCAAAGACGACAGUGAAGGCGACCACGAUGAUGCCCCAACUAUCUAUACUGUUUUCCUUCCGCUCAUUGAAGGCUCAUUUCGUGCUGUUCUUCAAGGAAACGAGAAGAAUGAACUGGAAAUAUGCCUUGAGAGUGGGGAUAAAUCUGUAAAAACUGAGCAGGGACAUCAUCUUGCCUACAUGCAUGCUGGGCCCAAUCCUUUUGAAGUUAUAAAUGAAGCCGUUAAAGCUGUUGAGAAGCACUUACAGAGUUUCCAUCAUAGAGAGAGGAAAAAGUUGCCAUCGAUCCUCGACUGGUUCGGCUGGUGCACAUGGGAUGCUUUUUACACUGAUGUCACAGCAGAGGGUGUUGAUGAAGGGCUCAAAAGUUUGUCUCAGGGAGGUUUCACUCCUCGCUUUCUGAUCAUAGACGAUGGAUGGCAACAAAUUGGCAGUGAACCCAAAGACCCUGACGCAGUUGUUCAAGAAGGCGCACAGUUUGCGAACAGACUAAUAGGGAUAAAAGAGAACAAGAAGUUCCAAAAGAAUGGAACAGAAGGUGAAGAAGAGCAAGGGCUUAAGCAAGUUGUGGGGCAAGUAAAACAACAGUUUGGUGUGAAAUAUGUGUAUGUAUGGCAUGCCAUGGCAGGUUAUUGGGGUGGGGUACAACCAGCUGGUCCGGGAAUGGAGCACUACGAAACCGCAUUGGCUUACCCUGUGCAGUCUCCUGGUGUACUCGGGAACCAGCCUGACAUUGUUAUGGACAGUCUUGCAGUGCACGGGCUGGGCCUUGUGCACCCAAAAAAGGUCUUCAACUUCUACAAUGAAUAUCAUGCAUAUCUGGCCUCAUGUGGUGUUGAUGGAGUCAAAGUCGACGUGCAAAACAUCAUAGAGACUCUUGGAGCUGGACAUGGUGGCAGAGUUUCGCUCACACAUAGUUAUCUCCAUGCCCUCGAAGAAUCCAUCGCACGCAACUUCCCUGAUAAAGGCUGUAUUGCCUGCAUGUCUCAUAAUACUGAUUCCCUCUACAAUGCCAAGCAGACUGCGAUAAUCAGAGCUUCUGAUGAUUACUAUCCUCAUGAUCCAGCUUCUCAUACCAUCCAUAUCUCAUCUGUCGCCUACAACACACUCUUCCUGGGUGAAUUCAUGCAACCUGAUUGGGAUAUGUUCCAUAGCCUACAUCCAACUGCUGAGUAUCAUGGUGCAGCUCGAUCUAUUGGAGGAGCUGCUAUUUAUGUCAGUGACAAGCCUGGAAACCACAACUUUGAGCUUUUGAAGAAGCUUGUCCUUCCUGAUGGGUCAGUACUCCGUGCCCAAUUACCUGGCCGGCCGACCAUCGACUGUCUGUUUACUGAUCCAGCCAGAGAUGGAGCCAGCUUGCUCAAAAUCUGGAACGUGAACAAGUGCGCGGGUGUAGUUGGCGUGUUCAACUGUCAGGGUGCUGGUUGGUGCCGAGUUACAAAGAAGACACGCGUCCAUGACACAUCACCCAGCACCCUCUCUACUUCUGUUCAGGCUACCGAUGUUGUUUCCAUAGGUCAGCUCGCUAGUCCAGAUUGGAGUGGGGAUACAGUCGUAUAUAGCUUCAGAUCAGGGAAGAUUGUUCUCCUACCAAAAGGUGCUUCACUGCCUGUGACACUUGAGGUUCUCCAGUAUGAACUCUUCCAUAUCAGCCCCGUCAAGGAUAUUGCCUUAAACAUCUCAUUUGCACCAAUUGGUUUACUAGACAUGUUCAACAGUGGCGGUGCCGUGGAGAAGUAUGAAGUCCAUCUGGUUUCUAACAAACCUGAGGGUGAAGAGGUGUCGAGUUUUCCCGGUCAAAACUGACCCCCAACCGCAACAGUCUCUCUUACCGUUAGGGGGUGUGGGCGAUUCGGUUUUUACACUACUCAGCGGCCCUUGGGAUGCUCAUUGGAUGGUGCCAUUACUGAUUUUAACUAUAACACUGACAGUGGAUUGGUGACCAUGACCAUUCCAGUUCCUACACAGGAAAUGUAUAGAUGGCGUGUUGAAGUCAUAGUUUAAUUAGCAAGUUGUUGUUGCUUUAAUCAAAAUAAAGCUUAGUAUUGCUGAGUAUGGUUUGUCGUAGCUAGGGGAAUAAUGGUAGCAGUGUUAUCCAGUGUGAAGUUUCUUUUGUAAUAAUAAAACCUUCUACCUGUAGUUCUGUACUAAUAAAAGCCAGCUUGCUUUUUUUUGCAGCCCCAUCUUGAUUAUUUAUUAAUUAAUGGUAAAUCAGUUCCUGCAGGCCAUGUUUUUUC